AAAUGCCUACGCCUUUGCGUGUCCGCAGCGUCUGAUGAGCCCAACGGUCCCAGGAAGCCGCGCUGCUUAUUUUAUAUUUUAUAUCGAUAAAAAAAAAGGGGAAAGCGCUGAAUUUGAAGGUCAGGGGGUACAAAUGAAGAAGUAAAAUAAAAUGAUAAAAGAUGUCCGGUUAGCUUGCUGUCAACGUCAGAGGACUUUUGUUAUGAUUUUCCGUUGAUAUCGGCGAUGUUUACUGAUAAGUUGCUCUGAAGGGGCAAUAACCGGAGCAGAGACACGGACACACUUAUAUUAUUAUUAUUAUAUUUCUCUUAUUGUGGCGGCCAGCCCGGGAUUAACUCUGGAGCAGGACACGGAGGAGAGUGUGGCCAUGACGGGAGGGACUGCAGCUGCCCUGCCCAUGAGCAACCACACCCGAGAGAGGGUGACUGUGGCCAAGCUGACCCUGGAGAACUUCUACAGCACUCUGCUCACGCAGCACGAGGAGCGGGAGAUGAGGCAGAAGAAGCUGGAGAAGGUCAUGGAUGACGAGGGUUUGCCAGAUGAGGAGAAAGUAAUGCGGCGCUCGCAGCACGCCCGUAAGGAGACAGAGUUUUUGCGACUGAAGAGGACGCGCCUUGGCUUGGAUGACUUUGAGUCCCUUAAAGUUAUCGGGCGGGGGGCUUUUGGAGAGGUCAGAUUGGUGCAGAAAAAAGACACGGGACACAUCUACGCCAUGAAGAUCUUGAGAAAGGCAGACAUGCUGGAGAAAGAACAGGUCGCUCAUAUCCGGGCAGAGAGGGAUAUUCUGGUGGAGGCGGAUGGCGCCUGGGUGGUCAAGAUGUUCUACAGCUUCCAGGACAAAAGGAACCUUUACCUCAUCAUGGAGUUCCUCCCCGGAGGCGACAUGAUGACCCUGCUGAUGAAGAAGGACACUCUGUCUGAAGAGGCCACACAGUUCUACAUCGCAGAGACGGUUCUGGCCAUCGACUCCAUCCACCAGCUGGGCUUCAUCCACAGAGACAUCAAACCAGACAACCUGCUGCUGGACUCCAGGGGACACGUGAAGCUGUCAGACUUCGGCCUGUGUACGGGACUGAAGAAGGCUCAUCGCACUGAGUUCUACAGGAACCUGACGCACAACCCGCCCAGUGAUUUCUCCUUUCAAAAUAUGAACUCCAAGAGGAAAGCAGAAACCUGGAAGAAGAACCGCAGGCAGCUGGCUUACUCCACCGUGGGAACACCAGACUAUAUCGCUCCUGAAGUCUUCAUGCAGACGGGCUACAACAAGCUGUGUGACUGGUGGUCUCUGGGGGUCAUCAUGUAUGAAAUGCUCAUCGGUUACCCCCCCUUCUGCUCGGAGACGCCGCAGGAGACGUACAGGAAGGUGAUGAACUGGAAGGAGACGCUCAUCUUCCCUCCUGAAGUGCCCAUCUCAGAGAGGGCCAAAGACUUGAUAUUAAAGUACUGCACUGAUGCUGAGAACAGGGUUGGAGCUGUGAGUGUGGAGGAGAUCAAAAGUCAUCAGUUCUUUGAGUCCGUGGACUGGGAGCACAUCAGGGAGCGGCCGGCAGCCAUCUCCAUUGAAAUCAAGAGUAUCGACGACACUUCAAACUUUGACGACUUCCCUGAAUCGGACAUCCUGCAGCCGGCCAAUGCAACGGAGCCGGACUUCAAGUCGAAGGACUGGGUGUUCCUGAACUACACGUACAAACGCUUUGAGGGUCUGACUCAGCGUGGCACCAUCCCCACGUACAUGAAGGCGGGAAAGGCCUGACACAGGCAGACGUGUUGUGCAGAAAACAGACGUUUACGGACACAGGGUCGGGCCAUGGAGCCCCGCUGCUGCUGAAGGCUUCGGCCUCUCAGUCUACAUUUAACCCUCAUCACAACUUAUUUAGCUCAGCAAGAACGCCAGGAGCUUGGAAAUGAAGGAGCGUUACCGCAUUACCUCGGUUGUUUAUAUAUCGUAUACACGUGCCGUCUUUAGCCAUAGCUCUCAGGCAGGUCACUAACUAGGACAUGAAAUCAGCACACCUGCAUGUUCAGCAGUGUAUUGCUUCUGAAGGAGGAUCGAGUACAAAGCUCUGCUCCCACUUAACAUCUCAUACUACAUACAUAGUCAGAGUCCAGGCUCCCUCACUUCCUGUCUGUCAGUGCUUUCAUUCUAAUCACUUCCUUCUUAGAUGGACAAAACGUGCAAAGUGCCUUUUAAAUAGCUGAUAAAUAUUUAACCAGAUAUCUUUGCGAUGUGAUUAAUCAGAAGGAAUAAAUACUAUUAGUAAAGCUGUUUGGAAGGUUUGUAUUGGUUAUGUAAUGAAACAAACAGAUGUGAGAAACUGGACACGUUAGACACUCUGAAUGAAGGAUCCCCCCCCCCCCCUCCCGCUCAAAGCUUACUGUCGUACAUACGUGACAAACAUUAACUUUCACGUCUGCUCAGAGUUGUGACCAAAGAACUCUGAUCGUCACAAGAUGUAGUCGCUCGCUGAACUUACACUACCUUACCUUCCAAGAGGCGACACUUGGUUAUGGAAUAAUUUAACAUUUCUUUUUCUACACUCAGAAAAAUGAGUUAGUGUCAAAAUGCUAUAAAUGUACAAACGGGCAGGAAACAGUGAAGCUGUAGCCAUCCAAGGAGUCUGUUUAACCGAUGGUGGUGCUAUAGGAAGGGAAGAGAACGUUAUCUGUUUAACUAGUUUAUUCAGGUUUCCUGUUACAAACACGCCGUAACAACAUGAGCAGUGAGCAAAUUAGGGAUGACUGGCGUGUUUAUGUUUCAUGUAGUUGAUAGAUUGUGUGUUAGCAUUCAGUGUUUUUAAAUCGAUUAUUUUCAUAUUAAUUGGCACUCAGUGAUUUAAUAUUGUACAAAUUUAAAUAGAAAUGAUCUAUUGUUGCAGCAGAGGUGAUAUUUUAAAUUUUUAGUCUCGAGCAUGGACAAAGUUUCAAAAACAGUGGAUCCUACAUUUCCCAUAAUGCAACUUGAUAGCAGCUUUCAUUAUACAGAAGUCCUUUGGACAUCUUGAUGGGAAAACAGUGGAGUGCCCCUUUAAUUACAAACAGGAAACGUCUGUAAACACAAAGUUAAACAAUCUGCAUCCCUCAGAAAGACGUCACACUUCUGCACGAUGCUUCGGUAGAUGUUUCCACUGGAUGUUGGAUUAUUGCAGGAUCCAAAUCAUCGCUGUAGCAGCACUGAUGCAUGAUGGGGGAUUGUGUCUAAUCACUGGAACACCAGCUGCUGUAUUCAGAGUGUGUUGUAUGAAGUCACUCUUGUUGUUGUGAGGUGACGUGUGACUUCUGUUGUGUUGUAAUCGAGAAAUGUCGACGCAGAAGAGAUUAAAAGAUGUAUUUGGCAUCUAUAAACGUCCCAGAGUCACUUUCUCCACAGGGAGCUAAAUUAUUGUGACUUCUCGAGUACAUAUUACUCAUGAUUACUGUGUAGAGAAGCAGGGGACUUGUAUUCAUCCUAUAAAAAGAUUAAAAGUUAGAUUUAGUUUCAGACGUCUGAGAUGUGAUGUGUAAACGGCCAGGACUUUGUUGUGAGGUGUUUGUACAUAUUGUUGUAGACACUUGAAGGAAACUGUCGGUGCAAUGACGGAUAAAUGCUCAUUAAUAUAUUAAUACACGUUGAUGAGUUUUUAUGUUGAUAAAAUGCUUAAAAUAAUAAACUGAAACCCGUAAAGUGU